CUCUGUACUGUGCGUUUGCAUUGUGUCUGAACUGCCGGCGAGCUUUAAAAAUAUUCUAGCCUUCCAACCGCGGCAAUGUCGGGCAGGUCGGUCCGAGCGGAGACCCGGAGCAGGGCGAAAGAUGACAUCAAGCGGGUUAUGGCCGCGAUUGAGAAAGUACGGAAAUGGGAGAAGAAAUGGGUGACAGUUGGUGACACGUCCCUGAGGAUCUUCAAGUGGGUUCCAGUGACUCAGCCCAAAUCAGCAGAUGAUAAGAAUAAGAAGAAGAAAAAGGGGAAGGAUGAGAAGUAUGGGUCAGAAUUGACCACACCAGAGAAUAGCUCUUCUCCUGGGAUGAUGGACAUGCAUGACGACAACAGUAACCAGAGUUCCAUCGCCGACUCCUCCCCCGUCAAACAGGAAACCAGCUGCAGCACUAGCCCCGCCCCCGAACCCACUGCCGUAUCCCACGGCGACAGCAGUGAGGCCAAGAGCGACCAGAGCCCUGACAGCAAGAGGGGGAAGAGCAACCUGUCCACUGAGGGCUCAGAGAGAGGACAGAGGGACAAGAGAGACAGCAGACAGACGUCCUCAGGAGACAAGGACACCUCAGACAGCCGCAAAGCCACUCAGGAACAGGAGGAAGAGGCUCCUCCCAGUAAGAAGAGCAAGCAGGAGUCUCCAUCUCAGGACUACGAGGAGAAAUAGCCGCUGCAUCCUUUCUUCUCUCUAUCCUCUUCCUUCCCUCCCUCUCUUCCUCCCCCCGUAGCCCCUAACACUCCUCCGAGCAGAGGGAGAAAGGACUUUACCUCCCUUCACAAGCCCUCCUCCUCUUCUUCCACUCUCUCUCACUCCCUCACUAAUGCCACAAGUAGUUCUAUGAACCAGCCAGUUAUCCCCUCCAUGGCCAGGGGUGGCGCUGUGAGCUCAGCUCAUCCCAGAAGAGAAACACUGACCUGCACCUGUGACACAAACACACUGACAAUAUGGGACUUCACAUUCUAUGCUGGCACCCCACGCUAACGGAGUAGGAUGAAGUUGCCUCUAGACACUGAUCUAAGGUUAGUUUCUAUGUUUUCCCCCCUGAUGGUUAAAAUUAGGAUACAAGGGAAGGUAAACUGAUCCUAGAUAUGUACAGUGAGGGGGAAAAAGUAUUUGAUCCGCUGCUGAUUUUGUACGUUUGCCC